GUCGAGUCGAAGAGGAAACCAAUCAGCUGGUGCAUCGUGUCUGGUUUCGUUCUACCUCGCUGGCUUUUCUCAAAACGGCGCGUGGGUGCCGUUUUUCUUUCUUUGUAACUCGACGAGUUUUAAUCGGUGGCUCUAGCCAGUCGCGUUACGCGUUGCUGUGUUUCCAUGAAAUCGCGACGAUCGAACUGGUUUAUGAGAACGAUCGCGUUGUUCGUCGUUAGUUCGAUACGCUCUGUUGUGAUUCUCCGCGAAAAGUUGCACAGAGGAUGGGUCGGUAUUUUGGUUUCGGACGCUGUAGCGCGAGAGAAAGCUGGAGAGAAGGGAGAAGGAUGGAGAAACGUGGAAGCAGCUUUGACGUCGCUCGUAGGAUUUGGGCAAAGGGACGGAUUAAAACGAAGGCUAUCACGAUGCGUCUGUUCAAACGACAGUGUUCUGAUACCAGUCCACAGCUAGUUUCGGCUACUCCAUUAUCUCAGGAUGGAACAGCGCCUUUGACAGUGGCAGAGGAAAAUUUCGGUGGAAGUAGUAAAAAACUGCACAAGGAAAACGAUGGAUUAGGUCGGAUGUCCAUGAAGGAAGACGAUAGCGAAUCACCGUUCUUGAAACCGUCGUCGACGGAAUCUUGCGCUCCGAAUCGAAAAGGAAUUUCGACAUGGGGCAGAAAAGUAGGUCGAAGAUGGGAUCAGUUAAAGAGAUCGGACAGCUCCGAAUUGCUUUCGGUUUCAGGCCGACGGAGACGAUGGAGCCCGAAUCGAAAAGGCGGUGUAACAGACGAGAAAGAAAACGGUAUCAGUGGUUCAUUUGAAUUACCAAAGCCAAAGAGAAUUUCCAGAGUGGAGUCGUUACGAAAUCUGUUCAAAAGCAGCGAGCGAGGUAGCGGCUUCUUGAACAGCGACGUGUCAGCUAAAAAUGUGACGAUACAAGAGGAGGAUGUUACCUGCAUCAGUCAUUAUCCGAUGGAAAAGGCUUUGAGCGAGGGUGCCAUAAAGAAUGUCUCCUUUCGUGGGAGCUUGAACGAUAGUCGAUUAGAUCGCGAAACGAUACUUCGCGAGAAAAAGAAGCAGCUCAGUCGCAGCAUCCAGAACCUCCAGGAGCAACAUCGAGUUUUAGAUUAUAUUUUGAAGAACCAGGAUAUGCUUAAGACUCAAGAGGGAACGACUUUCGCGAGAGAAACGUUGGAAAAAGUCAGAAGUACGAGUCCUAACCGACGAACGAGUCAGACUACGACGGAUGAUGGCAAGAGCAGUGUUUCCACGCAAACCGCGAGACCUUUCAAUAACCAUCUUAGCAAUAUUAAGAGGAAUCUGUUCAACGUUCGCGUAAGUGGCAGUGAUUGUGACAGUUUCAGAGCCGACAAUCACAAAUCUUACUCAGCGACUGGCCUGGAGGAGCUGAUGAGCAAUUUGCGAUUAGGAUGCGACGAAAGUGGUUACGAUUCCGACAGCACGCGAGCUGGCGCCGAUUCUCCAGACAGUGAAAACUCCGUUCCACCGAUGUUAAAACCCCGUAGUUUCUCCAUAACAUCGGACGAUUACCAUGGCAUCGAUCUAUCGUUACCAGUCAGCACACCGAUAAAACAAGAAGUGACAACGGGAACGGAAGAAAACGAAUCCAGUUCUUCUUGCCUUGAUGAUACCGUCAUCAUGAACAAAAGUUUAUUAAGCAAAUCGGUAACGACGAACAUAACCACAGUAGCUUCAGAUGGAGACAGCACGGACAGUUGCGAUGAGGAUACUUUCAUAGGAUUUACGGAAUAUUCUGCGAACUGUACAGUCGGACAAACAAAAUCUAGCACCGUGGCAUCUACGUCAGAAAGAUGCGACGGUGGAACGUCGAAAGUAUCUUUGAGUGGAGAUUUCAAAGAUAAAAGAACAUCCUCGACCAUACCUAUGAGCAACGAAUUGUCCAAGAUACCGGAGAGAAAGUUGUUCGCAAACCCGGAACAAACACUGCAAUUGUCGCAAGCGGUGAGGGUGCACAAUUUACAAAAGUCCCAGAUACCGUUAAAGUCUCGGAAGCACAUCGACUCCAGCGUCUUAAGUUUGUUGGAUAACGCGGCAUCUCCGUGCAAGGAUAGUCCACCAGCGACGAAAAUUUGCGCGACACUUGUCAAUAGCCCCCUGCAGUACUAUAGUCCAAAGAGAUCGCGGUCAAACAUGGGACCGGAUGAUCCCGAGGUUGUCCAUUGUAGAAACAAAAUAAAAAAAUCCGAACAAAUAACUAAAGUCGAUCAUGCAACGUCAAUUCCACCAACACCAGCGAAGACCUUGGUCCGUCGAGAGCUAAAGACUAUGAAAUUGUUCGUGGAGAAAUCUGGGAACCUUGGCAUUUCCGUAGAAAGGAAAGAAGCUGUUAGACCUUUCUAUGUGAUUUCAAAGAUGGACGUAAAUGGAGUGGCAGCUAAAUCGAAGCAAUUUCGAAUCGGUGACGAGAUCGUUCGGGUUUGUGGACGUAGGCUGCGUGGGAUGUCGAUCCUCGAAGCUAGAAGCGCGUUAAAAACAUGUUCGGGAACCGUGGAAUUGCAGAUAGCCAGGGAACCGGCUUUCGCUUUCGGUGAAGAGCUAGGUGACACGUGGGGCGACACUCUUGUACGCACUCGAAGCGACUCCGAGGUGUGGAUGCUGAAACAAGAAAAAAUGAAUGAAAAAAUGAAAGUUGAUGUUUCCGAUUCCAUAAAUGUACGACAAGAAACCCCUUCUCAGUGUAAAAUAACCGGUGCUCUGACGAAGGAUGGUACGAACUUAUCCGCGAGUUCUAUGGAACGAACGAAAAGCGAAAGUGAAGCAAUUGUGAGAAAAGAACCUAGCGAAAAGAUGACUGGCAUGAGGAAAUUUCAGGUAGUGCGAAAGCGAGCUGUCAUUCCGGUUUCCUGUUCCCGUAGGGCGACUAGUUUGUCCAUGAAUUUGCUGACCAUCACCUUGGAAAAGGGUGCUCCGAAGAAAUUAGGCUUUUCUAUAGUAGGUGGAUCUGAUAGUAACAAAGGGUCCAUGGGUAUCUUCGUGAAGGAUAUCAUGGCUGGUGGCCAGGCAGCCGAAGAAGGAACUCUGAAAAUCGGAGACGAGAUUUUAGCGAUCAAUGGAAUAUCGAUGGACGGAUUGACGCAUGCGAAAGCGUUGCAAAGCUUCAAGGCUGCCAAAGCUGGGAAAAUGAUUCUUCACGUGGGUCGUAGAGACCCCACGCACAAACGGUUGGGUUUGAAACGAUAGAGAUAAUUUGGGUGUAUAUAACUCUGGAUACAUCAUUCAGUCGAAGUCGUACGAUUGCCUGGAUAGACUAACGGAAACUGGAGACGAAUAAGAAAUUCGAGAAAUCGAUCACGGACAAUCAUCAAAAUCACAUUAUAUCUCAUUUUUUUAAAUGAAAUCCAUCGAAGAUUGAAGUAUUACUAUCUUUUCUCGUUUUUGCAAGUAAAAAGACGAUGUAUAUAUUUCAUGUACGAUAAAGCACGUUCUUACGAUUCCUCGCCAUUGUAAUAUAGAUUAGUAACUGUCACAUUUCAUUUUCGACGAGUUUGAUAUAAACAAUCGAUGUAUUUUCUUUUAACGAAAAUUUACAUACCAGUGAUCGAUUUGUAAUCAACAUGGCAAUUCUCUUCUCAUGUAUUCGUUAUUCUUAUGCAAAUGAACUCGUUUUCUUAAGAUGAUUAUUGUGAUAUUGGUUGACUAUUACUAACUUUUGUUUUAGACUAACGAGAUUCAUUAAUUUUUUUUUAUUUGACAAACAAUUGAUUUAUAAACGUUGUUUCUACUAUGAUAAGCCUACAUAAAUUAUUUAAACAAUCAAAUUCGUUGCAAUAUACAGUAAGUUAAGUAGUAAAGUGAAGAGUAAGAAAUGUACGCGUUGAUCUUUGUUAUCGGUUCGUGUCAAAAUUAUAAUUCGGAAUUAUACUCGACUUUUAUAAAAAAAAAUUGAUCCAUUUAAAUGCGCCUUCGUUUAUGAUAUCACAAUCAUAAAGAUCAAUGAUGAUUAUAACUAUAAUUGUAACAGAUCACUAUACAUAGUCAUAUCCUGUUAGAUAUAGUACGCUAACACUUCGGAUCAUGGCUGUUCAAUUUAUUUGUCAGUGUAGCGCGGAUUUCACCUAUGUUUUGUUUAAAAAACACAUGUUUGUUUAAUACGAGCUAUACGCAAGUUCGAGUGGAGAUUUAUUUACUGGGAUGAGUACUCAUCAUGUACUUACUACUCAAUUAUGUCGUAAGCGUAGUAUUUAGUUAGUUAAUAAUGUUAAGCUACUGACUGACAUCUAGAAUGUCUACCUGAGAAAAAUGCUGUGAUAUUCAUUGUAGUCGUAUUAGCUGCUAUCGUACAAACUGUAUUUAAAAUAAAUCUGGUUUUGUUGAUAAAUGAAUGUACACAGUUAAUUCGCUUUCUCCGUUCUAUAAUCUUUUGACUAACAUUUAGCUUUAAGUGAUUUCUUUAUUAAGGACGUAAAAUGAAUAAUUAAUGUAGAAGCGCCGUACAAUUGUCUUGAUUUUUGUAUUAAUUGGAUACAAAAGUUCUAUCUUACAAUGACGAAAAUUCU